GUUGGGGGCGGAGAAGCCGAGACUGGCUGGGAAAUGAUGGCUGAUGAAGACGAGGAAGUCAAGCAAAUCUUGCAGAAAUUGCAGGAACUGGUGGAUCAGCUCUAUUCGUUUCGAGAGUGCUAUUUCGAGACACAUGGUGUGGAGGAUGCUGGAAGGAAGCAACAGGAUGUGCAGGAAGAGAUGGAGAAGACCCUGCAGCAGAUGGAGGAAGUAGUGGGUUCUGCCCAAGGCAAGGCCCAGGUUCUGAUGCUGACUGGGAAGGCACUGAAUGUGACUCCUGACUAUAGCCCUAAGGCUGAGGAACUUCUGUCCAAGGCUGUGAAGCUGGAGCCCAAGCUGGUGGAAGCCUGGAACCAGCUGGGUGAGGUGUACUGGAAAAAAGGGGAUAUUGCGUCUGCCCACACCUGCUUCUCUGGAGCCCUCACCCAUUGCAAGAACAAAGUCUCCCUUCAAAACCUGUCCAUGGUGCUUCGCCAGCUGCGGACUGACACUGGAGAUGAACAUUCUCGUCAUGUAAUGGACAGUGUCCGACAGGCUAAGUUGGCCGUGCAGAUGGAUGUCCAUGAUGGCCGUUCCUGGUAUAUUCUGGGGAAUGCAUAUCUUUCUCUUUACUUCAAUACUGGCCAGAACCCUAAGAUCUCCCAGCAAGCCCUCAGUGCCUAUGCCCAAGCAGAGAAAGUUGACAGGAUGGCUUGCAGCAAUCCUGAUCUUCAUCUGAACAGGGCAACGUUACAUAAAUACGAAGAGAAUUAUGGGGAGGCCCUGGAGGGCUUCUCUCGGGCUGCAGCACUGGACCCUGCAUGGCCAGAGCCCCGGCAACGAGAGCAACAACUUCUGGAAUUCCUGAAUAGAUUAACCAGUCUCCUUGAGAGCAAGGGAAAGGUGAAGACCAAAAAGUUGCAGAGCAUGCUGGGAAGCUUGCGCCCAGCCCAUCUAGGCCCUUGUGGUGAUGGGCGCUACCAGUCAGCCUCUGGGCAGAAGUUGACCCUGGAGCUCAAGCCCCUGAGUGCACUACAACCCGGUGUGAACAGUGGUGCUGUGGUCCUAGGAAAGGUGGUAUUCAGUCUCACCACAGAGGAGAAAGUCCCCUUUACAUUUGGCCUGGUAGAUUCAGAUGGACCUUGCUGUGCAGUGAUGGUGUAUAAUAUGGUACAGAGUUGGGGAGUGCUCAUUGGGGACUCCGUAGCCAUUCCUGAGCCCAAUCUUCGGCUUCACCGAAUUCAGCACAAAGGAAAAGACUAUUCCUUUUGCAGUAUUCGUGUGGAGACACCCCUCCUGCUGGUGGUGAAUGGGAAGCCCCAGGGCUCCAGCAGUCAGGCCGCUGCCACAGUGGCAUCACGGCCACAGUGCGAAUGACCGUCCUUGACUUGCAUGCUGAAGAAGGAGCGGAGGCGAGAGGAUAAGCUCAAGACCCUCAGCAGCUGGGCCAGCUCCACCCAGUGACUCAGCCAGGAAGGGG